ACAGUCUGACGUGACGUCAUCGCCGGGGUCGAGUCGUCUGCGUUCGUUCGUCAAAUUGCAAGUUCUUACCUUUGUUUCGAAGGAGUUAAAGACUUCACAUUUAAAGAGAGGGCCAGUGACAUUGAUAGUUGGCAGUCAUCAUUCUAAUGGCAAGAUGGAAAAAGAUUGGUGGACACAUUGGGUGGAAGAACAACAAUCCUAUCACCAUGAAAAUAAAUAUGAACGAUGGUUCAGAUCAGCCGUUCCUGAGUCAGACCAUGGACCAGGAAGAUGAUUAUUAUCUCAGACCUGCCUUAAGGCAUGCUGUUGCAAGAGAGAAGAAGCAGGAUCGCUGUUUGGCGAUCAUGACGCUUGUGGCUUUCAUUCUUCUAGUCAUAAUUGCCAUCUGCAUAAUUGCUCUCACAUCCAGGCAAUAUGAGAAGAAAUGUCCAGUGUGUGAUUCAGUGGAGAGUGCCAUGAAUACUAGUGUGGAUCCCUGCCAGGAUUUCUAUGAGUACUCAUGUGGUAACUGGGUUGCCAAUGUGAAAGUACCAGAAGGUUACUCCAAGUGGGGAAGAUUCAGUGAAUUAUACAACAAGAAUAAUGAUUUACUCUUCAAGCUAUUUUCUGAGGAUGGAUACGAGUACAACGGAGAUGACAGCGAAGCACUGAGGAAAGCCAAGGAUUAUUACCAAGCUUGUAUGAAUGAAACUGCCAUUGAAGAAGCAGGUUCUGCGCCACUAAAACAGCUACUGAACAAGCUUGGUGGUUGGAGCCUUUUACCAAAGAACACACCUGGCAUUGUUGACUGGGAUGAGAGCUUGUUUGAUCUCACCCAAGAUUUGACUGCUAUACAUCUUACAGAUGGCUCCCCUCUCUUUGAUAUGAGUGUGUCCCCCGAUGAGAAGAAUUCAACUGUCAGGACCAUCCAUUUUUUCCAGGAUGGAUUAGGCUUUGCUAUGGACCUCUAUUCUGAUAAUGACACGACACAUGAGGAAGCCUAUGCUUCUCUUGGUGCUAAAGUAGCGGUACUUCUCUCUCUAUCUGAUGACGAAACUAUGGUCUUAGAGAAUAUAACACACCACUCCAAUUAUGCACCAGCCCUAGAAAAGAUGAGAAAAAUAGUAGAGUUUGAAGCAAAAAUUAGUGAAAUAUUUGUGCCUAAGAAUAUAGCUGUAGAUCCUUCUAAAACAUACAAUAAGAUGACUUUGGGAGAGUUUGCUGAUAAAAUACCUCGGAUCAAUAUGAGCUAUUAUUUGAAUAAGAUGUUUGCUACCACAAUACCUCUUGAUCGGACCAUCUUAGUGCCUACCUUGUCAUAUUUUGUGAAGUUGAAUGAUCUUUUGAUACAGACUGACAAUAGAAUUCUGGCUGAUUACCUGACGUGGAAUGCAGUCAGGCCUACCCUCAGCUUUCUCUCUGAGAUCUAUGAAGACAUUGUCCUGGAGUACAGCAGUGUCUUCAGCGGAUCCAACACAUCGGUUCCUCUGUGGAAGAAGUGCCUGCACAGAACCGAUGACACCUUUGCCUUUGUGACAGGCGCCCUCUUUGUCAGGGAAGUCUUCCCUCCACAGCUCAAGAAUGCGACUCUGGAUUUGAUCCAUUACGUACGAGAUGCCUUUCUAGGAAACCUACCCAGUGUGACGUGGAUGGAUGAUACUACCAAACAGACAGCAGAGGAGAAAGCUCUUGCCAUCAAACCGAGGAUUGGAUUCCCAGACUGGAUUCGAGAUACAGCCAAGUUAGAUGAACACUAUAAGGAUGUUAAUAUAACAGCCUCUAGUGUAUUUGAGAAUGCCAUGAACAUCCGACAAUUUUCUCUGAAAUACAUGAGAGACCAUUUUGAUGAACCUGUUGACAAGACAGAAUGGGAAAUGGGACCUGGUGAAGUGAAUGCAUACUACUCAUCAACUUCCAAUGAGAUAGUCUUCCCCGCAGGCAUACUCCAGGCUCCAUUCUAUGAUAUAUCACUUCCAAUGUCAAUGAACUUUGGAGCUAUCGGCAUGGUGAUGGGACAUGAACUUUCGCAUGGGUUUGAUAACCAUGGUCGUGAGUUUGACAAGGAGGGCAACCUGAGGGACUGGUGGGGCAACGCAUCGGCUCUAGCUUACAAGACCAAGACAGACUGUAUGGUAGACCAGUAUUCAGCCUAUGAGAUAGGAGAUAAAAAUGUGGACGGGGUGUUCACACUAGCUGAAAACAUUGCAGAUAACGGUGGUCUGAAGCUAGCAUUCCAGGCCUAUCGGGAAUGGAACCAGACAUACAACGACACCAUGGGGUUCAUGGAGGACCUUGGUCUAUCUCUAGAUCAGCUAUUCUUCCUUGGUUUUGGUCAGGUGUGGUGUAGUUAUGCUACACCUCAGAACAGGCAAAUGGCCAUCUUGACAGAUACCCAUACAGCUGAAAAAUUCAGGGUGAAUGGUGCCGUAUCCAACAUGCAAGAGUUUGCUAAUACCUUUCAUUGUCCUCUCGGGACACCUAUGCAUCCUGAAAAGAAAUGUCAAGUGUGGUAGACCUUAACAAAGCCUGAGAAUUUGGGCGAUCCUCUUUAUGCAUCAUGAUCGAUACUGAUUGAUGUUGAUAUUAUCCCCAGAUUUGAGGAGUUGAAUUCAAGACAGUAUAAUUUCAUGUGUGAGGGCACUGCAGUGGCAGACCUAGCCAGGUUGAAUACAAUACUGUUUCAGGGGGCUAUAUUGUUUUUAGACAUUAGUCUGUCAGCUAGAUCCAUGUCUGGCGGGCUGUAUGUGCUCGCAUCAGAUGUGCACGUAUUCAAAUUGCACUAUAAUUGCAUUGUCAGUGGUUCGGUGGUCCAUCUAGCUGGUUCUCAUCAUCUUUCCGGCAAUUGAUUUUCACAAAAGAUUAAACGGGUUUGAUGUUUGAUGCUGUAUUUCGUUUUCCAUGACAAUAGGGUGAAUUAUCUACAUUCAUGAAAGAUGACAAUAAUACCACGACACGACUGCUGUGAAUUCUCAUACACUUUGCCAGCAUUGAAAGGGCAAUUGCAUGAAAAAAGUGUAAUCUGAAAGGGUGUUGUCAAAUAUUUGUUAUGUAUGGCAGGUGAUGUAGCCUGCUGACACCAUAGUGGAUCACACUAUGCUGUUUGACAUUUUUAAAGGGGAAACUCACCCUGAAACCAAGUUAGUAAUAGAAAAAUAAUAAGUAGAGAAACAAAUUCAUGAAGGUUCUCUGAAAUUCCAUGAAGGAAUGAAAUAAUUCAGAAUUUUGAAUAAAAAUUUGUGAUGUCACAUUGGAAGCUGCUGCCCUAUAUGGUAUGCAAUUUACUUUCUAUGAAUUCCCUAUUCUAAAAUGGUUUAUGUGGACUGAAAAAAAAAUCCUAUAAUCAUGAAUGAAAUAAUGAGGGUUCCAUGACAUUUGCUCGGGCAACAAUUGCUCCGCUGUAAAGUCCACAUACUAAUGGAAUGACUUCCUUUAAACCUGGGUGUAACACCAUACCCUACCCUACACCUCACCCUAAACGUGACAUAAUACUCAAUCGCAACCCUAACCCUCAAGCUUAGACGAAAUAAAGCCCAGAGUAAUUGUCUCUGGAGUAAAUGUUGUGUCACCAUAAUAAAGAAUGCAUUUGUAGGAUCAUUACCAAUCAUUACCAAUUUUCUGAGAAAUUAGCAUUUUAUGGAUGUCAACCACACAUAUAGAGGAGCUGUCCGUACAUGACAUCACAAAAUUAAAUUUUUUAAGAUCCAUAAUUCUGUUUUUCUUUGAUGGAUUUUUGCCAAACCUUGUUUAAUUUUAUUCUCUUUAUAUCUUUUCUUUUACUAAAGCCCACUUGAAGCCAGGUUGGAUUUUCCCUGUAAAGAGAUCAUUAAAAAACUUGAGAAAAUUAUUCAAUCAUGCAAAGUGAAUUGUUCAUUCACUAAAAAAAAAUGAAACAUUGCACAAACAAGUGGGUAUCAUAGUUUAUUUUUGUUUUGUAACAAGUCAUAGAGUCAUUUUUAUUGUGUGCGGUGUUUACUCCAGUUUUUUGAAAAAACAUCAUGUUCAAGAACUUGAACUUACUCUCUUUCCUCUUUACUUCCUAUCUAUGUACAUGUAUAUAGUUGUAAAUUAUUUUUAAAUCUACAUUAUUACUCCUCACUUACCAAAAGAAUGUUUAUUAUAUGCAGUAUAUCUUGAAAGAAAUUACAGUGCCUUUAUUUAUCAUAUUGCCAACAAUGUGAUGAUAUCAUACUCCACCAAUCUCAAAUUCUAUCCUGAUUAAUUACCACUUCUCGCUUGCCAUAGUUUACAAUUAACCUGUUAUAAUAUAACAGCACAGACGCAACCAAUUGUGUCACAACUCUUUAUACCGUACCAGGAGGAUAAUUUGAAAAAAGCGUGCCCAAAAAUGGAAUUCAU